AUGGACCUUUUCGAAGAGAAAGUUCGUCUACAUGAAUCUACAACGGAAGUUGGUGGGCUCAUAAUAACUAAGUCAAAAGAAAAUUUCAAACAACCUCAAAAGUCCUUAUUUGGACUUGAUAAGUUGGCGGCAAAAAAGCGACAGGAAUCUGAGGAUCUUAAUCUACAGUUUAACAAGCGCGAUGUUACUAAUAAAGAAAGGUUCUAUAGGGAAAGGCGCGUUGAAACCCCUUCCAAUCGUGGGGGUGUUAGCAAAGAAUAUUUCGAUUCUCAGGCAAGAAGGCGUGAGCGUGACCAGAAAGAACGCUUAAAAACCGGUCUUGUAUCAACAUCCAGAAAAAUUGGUGAGAACUACUCAGACUCUCGAAAAUCAUCAGACUAUUCUCGCAUUGAAUUAGUCAGAGAAAAAGAAUCUCUCAGCACUCGACAUCGGAGAGAAGCAGAAUGGGAAGAUGAAACACCUAAUCACAGCAGUCGGGAAAAUAGAAGUACUACUGGAACAAGUAUUAACCGAUUUGAAACUCCUGAAAUAUAUAAUGUUGGGGGACGGUCUCCAGGACAUUCUAGCUGGGAUGAUUCUGGUUUAGGAUCUAGUCGAUCUACUACCCCUCGUACUACCGGAUCACUAGCUCGUAAUUCCAAUAAUGAUCGAUAUACCUAUACUCCUAUGCCUACUCCAAGUUUUAAGCAUAAUUCAUGGAUGCAAUCAAAUAAAAAUAACACAGGGAGUUCGGACUCCAGAAAACAGCAUUCGGGUCGUCAUACUCAUGGCCAGUCUUAUGCACAAGUUUCCAGUGAAAACGAAGGCGAUAGUGUGAAACCUGAUCCUACUGAGAUAGAGGAAGAUGGUGAUGAUAUUAAGGCUGAAAAUGAACGCUUAGAUCGUAAUUGGUAUCAAAUGGAUGAUGGCUAUGAUAAUGAUAACCAUCCGUUUUCUGAUAUUCCUGAAGAGUAUGCUGCUAAAAAGGAACGUCAAUUAGCAGAACGUAAAAAACGACAUAAACAACGCUUAACUGCAAAAGCUGUCCAAGUUCAUAAAGAUAAUCAAGCAUGGGAACAUAAUCGUAUGUUAAGAUCUGGAGUUGUUCAACGAGUAGAUUUUGAACAAGAUGAAGAUUUCGAUGAAGAAGGUGAAGCUAGAGUUCACUUAUUAGUUCGUAAUAUACUUCCACCAUUUUUGGAUGGACGAAUUGUUUUCACUCGUCAACCUGAACCUAUUAUUCCUGUCAAGGACCCAGAGAGUAUAAUGGCCAAAGUUGCGCAGAAAGGCAGUGCCAUUGUGAAAUACUUUCGAGAACAAAAAGAACGUAAAAGAGCACAAAAGAAAGAAUGGCAAUUGGCUGGUACGCGUAUAGGGGAAGUUAUGGGUAUAAAACCUCCGGAAGAACAGGAUAAUUGGACAGAGAAAUCACAUCGUGAUGCACAGACAUUUGCCGAUAAAGUAGGAGAUAUGAAAUCUGAAGCAGUUAGCGAGUUUGCUACACGAAAAACCAUUGUGGAACAACGACAAUACUUACCAGUAUUUUCCGUAAGGACAUCCUUACUGAGAAUGAUUAAAGAACAUCAAAUUGUAGUGAUUGUUGGCGAAACUGGAAGUGGUAAAACUACUCAAUUAACUCAAUAUUUACAUGAAGAUGGUUUUACAACUUAUGGCAUGGUUGGUUGUACUCAACCACGUCGUGUUGCUGCUAUGUCUGUUGCUCGACGAGUUGCUGAAGAAAUGAAUGUACGUUUAGGUGAAGAAGUUGGUUAUGCUAUAAGAUUCGAAGAUUGUACUUCUUCUUCCACUCUAAUUAAAUAUAUGACUGAUGGAAUUCUAUUGCGUGAGUCACUACGUGAAUCUGAUCUUGAUCCAUACUCUGCAAUUAUCAUGGAUGAAGCGCAUGAAAGGUCUUUAAAUACUGAUGUAUUAUUUGGAUUGUUACGUGAAGUCGUUAGUAGGCGUAAUGAUUUACGUCUUUUAAUCACUUCUGCUACAAUGGACGCAGAAAGAUUUGCUCAGUUUUUUGGUGAUUGUCCUAUUUUUCGAAUACCUGGCCGAACAUUUCCUGUUGAUACACAAUUCAGUAAAACAACAGUAAUGGAUUAUGUAGAUGCAUCUGUGAAACAAGCGAUUCAGGUCCAUUUAGGUUCACCAACAGAUGGUGAUAUACUCAUUUUUAUGCCUGGUCAAGAAGAUAUUGAGGUGACAUGUGAACUAAUUGCUGAACGUUUGAGUAACUUGGAUGAAGCUCCUCCACUGUCCAUCCUCCCCAUUUAUUCUCAGUUACCGAGCGAUCUUCAAGCAAAAAUAUUUAUGAAGGCUGAAAAUGGUGUCCGAAAAUGUGUCGUGGCAACAAAUAUUGCUGAAACCUCAUUAACUGUUGAUGGGAUACGUUAUGUGAUCGAUUGUGGUUAUUGUAAAUUGAAAGUUUUCAACCCUAAAAUUGGUAUGGAUGCAUUACAAAUAUUUCCAAUUAGUCAAGCUAAUGCUAAUCAACGUGCUGGUCGUGCUGGUAGAACUGGUCCAGGAGUGUGUUACCGUUUAUACACUAUAAGUCAGUUUCAAGAUGAAAUGCUUAUCACAUCUGUUCCAGAAAUUCAGAGAACUAAUCUGGCCAAUGUUGUUCUCUUAUUAAAAUCUUUGGGUGUUCAAGAUUUAAUGCGAUUUCAUUUCAUGGAUGCUCCUCCACAGGAUAACAUAUUGAAUUCAAUGUAUCAACUAUGGAUUUUCGGUGCUCUUGAUAAUACUGGUAGUUUAACAAAUUUAGGUCGUCAAAUGGUUGAAUUUCCAUUGGAUCCAGCUUUGUCUAAAUUAUUAAUUAUUUCCUGUGAUAUGAAUUGUUCUGAAGAGAUUCUGACCAUUGUAUCAAUGCUCUCUGUGCCAAGUGUAUUCUACAGACCAAAAGGUCGUGAAGAAGAAUCAGAUAAUGCAAGAGAGAAAUUCCAAGUCCCAGAAUCUGAUCAUUUAACACUAUUGAACGUUUUCACUCAAUGGCGUAAAUCAGGUUAUUCAUCAGCAUUUUGUGCAAAACACUUUUUACACUUAAAAGCUAUGCGUAAAAUUCGUGAGGUUCGACAACAAAUGAAAGAAAUCAUGGAACAACACAACAUGAAUUUACAAUCGAUCGGCAGUGAUUGGGAUGUUGUGCGUGAAUGUUUAUGUGCUACUUUCUUCCAUCAAGCUGCUCGUAUCAAGGGUUUAGGUGAAUAUGUGAAUUUACGGACUGGUAUGCCUUGUCAUCUACAUCCAACUAGUGCUCUAUAUGGAAUGGGUUACACUCCAGACUAUGUUAUUUAUCAUGAAUUAAUUAUGACAACAAAAGAAUAUAUGCAAUGUGUUACAUCUGUCGAUGGUAAUUGGCUAGCUAAAGUUGGUCCUAUGUUUUACAGUGUUAAAGAUCCUAACCUUACUCGGUUGGAACGAAAGCGACAAGCUGAAGAACAACUCGUAGAAAUGGAAAAUGAAAUGCGUCUGGCUGAAGAACAGCUUUCUCGUCGACGUGAAGAACUUUCAGCAUCUAUUGGUUCAAGUCGUUUGCGACCAAUAAUUACACCUGGUAUGCGCACUCCUGGUACUCCUUUGUCGAGUGAACACUUGCAGGAUCCUGAACAAGUUGAAGAAGCUUUGGGCAUUUUAAAAGAUGACAAAGAAUUUGAGGAAUUCGAAAAAGAAACUUGGACAGCAUCAGAGGAAGAGAUUUCGGAUCUGCAAGUAUGGGAUGAUAAAUGGGAUUGUGAAGUUGAGAUAGAUGACCAGUUUACUCAAUAUUUAAGACAAGAACUGACCAAACUUGGCCACUUACACGAAACUAAUUAA